GAAAAUAUUAACCCAAAAAUGAAAGCUUCAUAAUUUUCUUUCUUACCGCAAAAUUUUGAUUUAUUAGUAGUAUUUUGAAACAAAAUGUUGUAUUUUAGAAUGUAACAUUCAUAUAGUAUUCACUAUUCCGUUUGUAAAGUGGUAAUGGGUUACAAUUUGUUUGUGCCUAGAAUGUACUAGGCGGUUAUGGGGCUCCGAUCUGAACUCCCUCGUCUGAUCUCCUCGGGAGUGGAAGAACCUGUGAGGCGGGGGCGGCCCCCUGGAUCUACGCUCCAACGCCCAAGUUAGUACGAUAUAGGAGAGUGUAUGGUAUGUAAAGAGAUAAAGUAGAGAGAGAUAACUUAGGGGAAAGUAAGGAAGGGAAAAGAGAAGAUACUUAGUUUGGAGAGUUAGGCCUCCUUAUAUAGGGUUUGGGCUUCCUUGAGUGGGCUUGGGCCCAGAACGCCUUGCGGUGGGUUUGGGCCCGUUUAUAGUCGUGUAGGCAUAUUAAUCCAUAUCCCAACACAAUUAUUGUUGGAUUGAUUGUCCAAUAUCAUAGUAUUUCAUUAAUAAAAAGAUUAAAAUACCUUUUUGACCCCAUCUUCCCCGACUACCCCUCCGUUUUCCUAUCACCAAUCGUGAAUAUACUCCUUCCUUCAUACCGUUCUGAUCCUCAUAAUAGUUUGUCGUCUUCUUCCAUCAAGUUCAAAGAAAGAGAAAUCAAGAAAUUACAAGUCAACUUCCAUCUCACAACCCUAAUCCUCCAUCACUAACCCACAACCUUUAUUCAUUAACCAAACGGGUUAUUUCCAUCCCGAUCAAAUUAUAAAAUACUAAUAGUCAAGAGAGUUGCAAUGUGUUAUAAUAACGUGCUCUUCCAUUGGCAUAGAAUGACCAUGCGACAGAAAAUAAUUUGCUACAAAAUUUGCCUCCCUAAAUAUGCUCAAUGUCAUAUUUCGACCUACGACACCGAUAGACUUAUUCAUUACCUGCAAUGCUUGCAAAGUAGUCGUUGCAGGGUCGUGAUAGAAGAAGUUCUGAUGCUGUAUACUUUAAUUAGAAUGAAUUUGGAAGUGUACUGAAUCUGGGUACUCAAUACAUUACUAUACCUUUUGUAAUUCGUAGGAAUCCAUAGCUAUGAUCCAAAGAAAGCUAAAGUGGUCACUUUCUUUAGUUAUGCCAGUACGUGAUGUCAAGUGCAGCCACUGAUAAAGUGGGAAAACAUCAUGAUUGUAGUUUAAAGUUUAAACCGUUGAAUCCCUCCUUUUUUUUCCACAAUAAACAAGGAGGAUUAAAGGGAAAGAUAGCUGUCUGGUCUGGACCUCCAUUUGCUUUCUUUACAAUGCUUUCAAGAGAAAGCAUCCUCCAAUCCAGACACAACUUGUCACCUCUUCUCUUCCUUCUGGGUGGUGAGCAGAGAGAGUUCGUUGUAGUGCACAGAAAGCAAAAGCUAGUUUGGAGGGACGCAGCAGAUCAGCAGAACCAUAUCGAGCUUUGAAGCAACGGCAAGAACCAAAUGCUGAGUUGGGUUUUCUCCUUCUGGCGCAAAAAACUCUGGCUUGGGUUUCAAGCUCCGGUCAUCAAUAUAAAGAAACAGAGAGAGAUCGAUGUCAAAGAAAGCGAACGCACCAGGAUGAUCAACAACAGCAGCAUUGGUAGCAGCAGCAGCGAGAGAACAAUGUCAGUGGAACAAGAGAAUGGCGAGAUCAGAAAUCAUCAGCAUCAUAAAGACGAGGGGCUAGACGAUGAGGCCUCGAGGGUGGCGAUGCUGGCUGCGCUCCAGGCCAAGGAAGAAGAGAUCGAGAAGAGGAAAAUGGCGGUGAAGGGGAGGGUGGAGCUCGAGCUAGGACGCGUUGAAGAGGAGACCAAAAAGCUUGUCCAUAUCUGGGAGGAGAUCCAAGUGAUGGAAGACCCAAUGAAGAAAGAGGUGGCAAUGCUGCGCAAGAAGGUCGAUUUGGCGAAUAGAGAGGUCAAGGGCUUAGCUCAGAGCUCCCAGAAGAAGGAGAAGGAAUACAAAGAAGUACUGGAAGCUUUCAAUGAGAAGAGCAAAGAGAAGUCUGCUUUGGUUGCGACAUUAAAGGAUCUGCUAGCGAGAAGUGAAAGCUUGAGGAUGAAGAAACUGGAGGAACUGAGCAAGUUCGUCGAAUCCACUGACUGAAAACUGUGAUUCUAUAGAUGCAUCUUGAAUGGAAUAAGCAACAGCACUAUAU